UGGCCUUCUCAGCUGCCAUAGUUGCAACUCCUGCGUCAUCAGAACAGGGUGUUCAACGCACCACCGUUUCCAUUUAAAAAACGUUUUGCAAUGUUUGUCCGGGCUAAACGCAGCCCUGUCUUCAGUGUCACAUGAUCCUUUAGAAAUCAUUUUAAUAUGCUGAUUGGUGCUUAAGAAACAAUUCUUAUCAUUAUCAAUGCUGAAAACAGUUAUGCUGCUAAAUCUUUUUGUGGAAACCGUGAUGCAUUAAAAAAAAAAAUCUUACUGACCCCAAACUUUUGAACAGUAGUGUUUUAUAAAAUUAUAAAAAUAAAAAAAAUCAUAAAAAAUUUUAUAUUCCAAAGAAGGAAAGUCAUAAAGGUUUGGAAAGACACAAGGGUGAAUAAAUGAUGACAGAGUUGUCUUUUUUGAACUGUCACUUGAAUGUAAUUUCCCACAUGUACAUGAAUGAUAAUGUGUAGAGAGUUAAAGUGGAAACAUUGUGGUUGAUUGUUCAAAGUGCCUAAGAUUGCACUCACACCUCUGUAUACCCACUGCCCCAUUUUUUGCACAUACGUAAAACAUACUCAAGUCAGUUUUAACUGUUGAGUCAGUUGAGUCAACUAAUUAAAUAACAAAAGAAAUGCAGUCAUGAUCAUCUUCACCUUGAUAGAAUCCUCUAUAAAUGUUGAUGACUCUCACACAACAGUUAUAAUGAUUACUGUUAGAUAACAUUUACAGCUCGGCUUCAUCAGCCCGUUGAUGAAUGUGCCACCAUUAUGUAACCUGUUAAAGAAGCUUCCUCCAGAGCACCCUUAACACUGACAACAUUUCACAGAGACGUCUUCUUCACUGAUCCAAAAUCUCAAAACUGGCUGUCACAUUCCCCUCAUGAGGAAUUAACUGAGCACCGCUGCUCUAGAUAAAACGCCACUGACCUAUUAUGGGCCGUUUUGACACAUUACUAAUCUUGGUCAGAAUUGCCACCUUGCUACUCAGAAUGAAUUGAUUGAAUGAGAAUCAUUUUCAGAACCCAGUAUGUCACUGGAGGCCAGAACUGUGACGUCUUUGUCAGUGGAACAAUAAACUGUGGCCGUAUUAAUCUUUCAUGAGCUCUUUUUAUGGAACGUUAGCUGUCUUGGACAGUGGAGCUCAGGACGGCUUGUAAUGUAGAUAGCUGUAUCACUUUAGCUGUAUCAAAAGAAUGCACUGCUCUUAGUUGGCCAAGAGUGUUGCCUGUGUGUUUAUUCAAGGAAAUUCUUUAUUGUUUCCCGGAAAGCUAAUUGAUUUGUGCAGCUCAGGACACUUUUAGUGCAUUUACCAAGGGUAAUUCAAGCCGUAGCGGGUGCACUUUUAAAGCCACAGAGGAGUUAUGGUUCCCAAAAUCAUUUGUAUUUAAUUUUAUAUGGCCUCUUUUAUCAUAGUGGUGUAUUAAUAUUGAUUUUUUUUUUUUUUUUUGCACUUGCGCAAAUUUAUGUGACUUCUUGAAGCGAAGCAGUUGAGCUUAUUGAACAAAUGUCUGCAUCCAUUAUGAAACCAAAAAUUUCUCAUUGUUUCAGGGGGGGAGAAAAAAGCACAUCUCACAUUGCUUGCUUUUGUUUGAACCUAAAAGAGAACUUUCUAGUUGUCAUGGAAAUUAAGUCACAGUCAUAUGUGUUGGCACGCAGGUCUCCUAAUGAUUUGUUUCAGAUGCAUCCCUCAGCAGGUUUUUUCUUUUUUCUCUGCAGAGAGCUGCAGUCUUGAUACCUAGGAGGUUUAAGUCAAUGUUUAUGUGAGUGUUGUUAUUAUUAUGCGUUAACGCUGUUUGUAUCCGUAUCCUGGGCAAAGCGUGAGAAUUAAUGCCGUCUGGUUUAGCUGUGUUCUCUCAUACCAAUCAGCGUUGCCGCUGGGCUUUGACCUUAGUUAGCUUCAGGUGGAUUCUUCUAAGACUCCAAAAGAAAAAGCGCUAUAUUCACUUGUUCACAUCAACUUUGAAACUCACACACUUUGAAAUGCUGUACAGCCAAGUGCAGAAUUGUGUUGGCUGUCUUUGUUGUUCCUUCCUCAGACAGAAAUAGCACCUGACCCAGAUUUUUGUUUAAACUUUGAACAUUUGGUGAAUGAGUAGACAGUACAGAUGACGCCAUUCAUUAUUGUGGAUGUUGUUUUGAGUAACCACAGUAAAUGGAGAGAAUUAUUAUCAUUUUCCUAUUAUAGUUUGUCAUUUGUAUUUUGCUAUUUUUGUCUUGUUUGGACUUCAUUGUAAAUUAAACAAUUGGAAAUGUAUUAGAAACUCUAAAAUACUUCUUUUUUAUACUUCAUGAUCAACUGUUUUGUCCUCUCUUUUUUUGUCAAUACAAUAAAUGAUUAGCAUUUCUCUCAACUAUUUCUCUCUAUUUUGCUGUCUUUUAGGGCCCUCUCCAUGGAUAUAGACACAGAUUAUGAGCGACCCAAUGUGGAGACCAUAAAGUGUGUGGUGGUGGGUGAUAACGCAGUGGGCAAGACCCGGUUAAUCUGUGCCCGUGCCUGCAAUGCCACCCUUACUCAGUACCAGCUGCUUGCCACCCACGUGCCAACUGUCUGGGCCAUCGACCAAUACCGUGUGUGCCAGGAGGUGCUGGAGAGGUCACGAGAUGUGGUGGACGAGGUCAGUGUCUCCCUCAGGCUGUGGGACACAUUUGGAGAUCAUCACAAAGACAGACGCUUUGCUUAUGGCAGAUCAGAUGUGGUAGUGCUGUGCUUCUCUUUGGCCAAUCCGAACUCCCUGCGCCAUGUCCGCACGAUGUGGUUCCCUGAGAUUAAGCACUUCUGCCCCCGCACCCCGAUCAUCCUGGUGGGCUGCCAGCUGGACCUGCGCUAUGCUGAUCUGGACGCUGUUAACCGGGCUCGCCGGCCUCUGGCCAAACCCAUCAAACCUACAGACAUCCUGCCCCCAGAACGAGGCCAUGAGGUUGCUAAGGAACUUGGCAUUCCAUACUACGAAACAAGCAUUGUCGCUCAGUUCGGUGUAAAGGAUGUGUUUGACAAUGCUAUCCGUGCUGCACUCAUCUCUCGACGCCACCUUCAGUUCUGGAAGUCCCAUUUAAAGAAGGUUCAGCGUCCCCUUCUCCAGGCCCCCUUCCUCCCCCCCAGACCACCACGACCUGUGGUGGGCAUCCCCGAUCCUCCUCCCAUGGAUGGAGAAGGUCCGGACUCUCUUUUCUGCCAGCCGUUGUGUGCAGAUGUCUUGUUUCUCCUCCAGGCUGGUACAACUCGUGUCUUCGCCCACAAGGUGUACCUGGCCACUUCCUGCUCAAAGUUCUAUGACCUUUUCACUAUGGACCUUGGAGCGGCAGGGAUGGAGGAGGGUGAGGAGAGCUCAGAGGGGAGCGAGGAAGAGGAGCAGAGCCGAAGAGGAGCCAAAGAACAGGCUGGGCGAACCAAGAGCCUGGACAUUGAUAAGGAGGGUGAAGGUGGCACUAGGGGUUCAAAUAAGCUGCUCAUGUUGCAGCAGGGCUCACUGAGGACUUCACAGAGCGACAACGCUCUGCCUGCCAGGGGCCAGUGCUCUCUGGGUCCCCUGGGAGCAGGCCGUGCUCUUUUAGGAUGGGGCCGUGGUUUCUUGGGGGUGUACCUGGAGAUGGUGAAUGACCCCGUGACAGGUCGGAUGAGACUCAUGACAGUAGUGUCCAUGGAUGAUCUCAUUCAAAAAGGGCCUUUCCAGGCAGUGCUGCAGUACCUAUACACGGGUCACCUGGAUGAGAAACGUGGGGACCUGAUGCAGGUGGCAACCAUCGCUGAGCUUCUAGAGGUCUUCGACUUGCGUAUGAUGGUGGCCAACGUCCUGAACCGUGAGAGCUUCAUGAACCAGGAGAUCACCAAAGCCUUCCAUGUGCGCCGUGCCAACCGCAUCAAAGAGUGCCUGAGCAAGGGCACCUUUGCUGAUGUGGUGUUCCGAUUAGAUGACGGAUAUCUGCCAGCCCACAAGCCACUGCUCAUCUCAAGCUGUGAUUGGAUGGCAGCCAUGUUUCGUGGAUCCUUCAAGGAGAGCUACAUUGAGGAGGUGUCUAUCCCCAACACCAGUUGUGCCUGUAUGAGAGCCGUUCUGGAGUUUCUCUACUGUGGUGUAUUGACACCAUGCCCUGAACUGGAGCCAAUGGACCUUAUAAUACUAUCUAACCGCCUCUGUCUUCCCCGCCUUGUAGCUCUAACAGAGCAACAUGCCAUUGAGGAGCUGUUGCAGUUGUCCGUUAAAGGGGUGGACAUUGAUGGACAGGUGCUGGCCUAUCUGGAGAUGGCUCAGUUCCACAAUGCCAAACAGCUCUCUGCCUGGUGUCUGCAUCACAUCUGCACCAACUACAAUAGAGUUUGUCGCAAGUUCCCUAAAGACAUGAAGACUAUGUCUCCUGAAAACCAGAAACACUUUGAGAAGCAUCGCUGGCCCCCUGUUUGGUUCCUGAAGGAGGAAGACCGCUACCUCCGUUCUCAAAAAGAGCGAGAGCGCGAGGAAGAGAUUCUACGCAAGCAGCACACCAAACGGGGCUGGUGUUUCUGGAGACAUCCAUCCUCCUCAGCACCCCACAUUUCCUGAGGGUCUGCUUCCAUCCAUCCAUUCAAACCCCCAAUACCCCUCACCCUCAUUUCAGUCCAGAGGCAUGUAGCCAAGCCUGGGGAACCCUGUUUUUGCUUCAGUGCGCCCGUCCCGACUGCUAGAAGCAAGCCCGGGGCCUCUUUGCCUCUGAGCUUUUGCCUUCCCUCCCCGUGCUGGGCCUUCGUGAGCUGCCGGCCACAAGAGCUCAGAGCGUGUGUGUCAUUAAACGGGAGAAGGCUUGGAGAAAGUCUUAAAUCUUUCUCACACUCAAUGUUAAGUGUUCUACUGUGCGAAUGCAACAGGUCUUGUUGCAGCAUCACGUAGGGAACGGCAUCACUACAGUGACCUGCUUUCGCCUCUUAAGACUGUUAUUAUUAUACAAGACCACACACACACACACACACACACACACACACUCACACCAGCACCCCGUCUGAGCGCUGGCGCCCGGGCACACGGAUGCUGCACGGUGCUGCUGUGUUGAGCUUUUCUCUGCGAGACCUAUUUCUGGGAAAACCGUCAUGUCAAAUGCCUAGAAGCUGAAACAUAGCUUAGCUUUGAAUACAACUAGCAACUAAAAUGGCGGCAGGGAUAUAUAUGUUUUUUUUUUUGUUGUUGUUUU